AGUAUUCAUUAACUCUUCACCAUCACAACUUUUCCCCGCCAACACAACCCGGCCUUCAGGAUACUGGCAACAACACAGACUAUUGAGGUCUGCCGACUAGAAACCCGAUUAACAAAUCUAUAAAAGGAGAUACAAAAAUGAGCGACAGUACACCAACCGAAGCAGCGGUUGCCGAAUCAAAUACCGCCGGCAACGAGGCCACAACAAACAGCGACAAGGCAUCCCCAGAGACAACCACCACAAGCACAACGGAGCCGGGGAACACGGCCAAGACGGCAGCGGCGGAGCGCAUGGCCCGCUUCCGCGCGCUGCAGGCACGCGCCAAGACGUCAUCGGACCAGAACCUCAAGGCGGCGACGGCCGAGUCGCGGCGGGAGGCGUCGGACCCCUCGCAGCUGACGGCGCUGCACCGGCGGCACGCCAUCGCGUCGCACAAGAUCCUCAAGGCGGAUGUGGAGGAGAGCGGCGGCGACUUUGAGCGCAAGCGGGCCUGGGACUGGACGGCCGAGGAGAGCGAGCGGUGGGACAAGCGCGUCAAGAAGAAGGAGGCGGCGCGCGACAACAACGCCUUCCAGGACUACAGGCACGAGGCCGAAAAGAUUUACAAGCGCCAGCUCAAAAACAUGCCGCCCGACAUGGAGCGCUACGCAAAGGACAAGAUGGCCGCCAUCGACAAGGCCGCGGCCGCGGGGACGCUGGACAUCGUCGAGACGGAGGACGGCGAGCUCAUCGCCGUCGAUCGCGCGGGCACAUUUUACUCCACCACCGACUCUACCGACUUUGCCAAGAACAAGCCCGACAAGGAGGCCAUAGACAGGCUGGUCAACGAUAUGAAGAAGGCCGAGGACGUCGCGGCCAAGAAGAGGAAGGCCCGCAUGGCCAAGAACGGAGAGGAUGACGACGUCACAUAUAUCAACGACAAGAACAAGCAGUUCAACCAAAAGCUGGCAAGGUUCUACAACAAGUACACGGCGGAGAUCAGAGAAAGUUUCGAGCGCGGCACGAUGAUAUGAGCCUAUGGAGCUUCGUUUCCUUCCUUUUUUGUUCUUUCUUCCCAGAAAUAUUUUACUAUUACCUCAUGGCGACAGGUUGGGAUGGCGUAUUGGAUGACUGGAAUUAUGGCGUAAAGCAGGCUCAUUGGCCGGCAAGAGAUUAGACGGG